AUGCGGACGCUGGCGUUCUGUGCGCCUCCUCCAGGGGUGCGGCUGGCGGCAGAGCGGCCACCUUCAGCCAGCUCGGCCGCUGCAGAGCUGCCACGGCGCGCUGGCGGCAGCGGCCUCCUGCGGCGGCGUAGCGGCCUCGGCGCUCCGGGGGAGAUGGCCGACCUCCGCGCCGGUGGCGCCAGGCACGUCGCGGGAGGCGGCGCCGGCGCCGCCGAAGGGCCCGACGGCUUGGCACUGCAGCCGCGGAGACUGCUCGAGGCCUCCGCCGUCGCGCUGGCCCUCGAGCGCCUCGCGAGACCGCCACGGCACCGGGCCGUGUGGCCCUGCUUGGGCUCCAGCCUGCGCCCUGGCGACGACCUGCUGCUGCGACCUCGGCGGGGGAGGCGGAGCGGAGCGGAACGGCAGCGGCGGAGCGCGGCCUCGGCGCCCUGGGCGAGGCGGCCUUCGGCAGAAAGGGCGGCCACCUCCGCGCUGGUGGCGCCAGACACGUCGCGGGAGGCGGCGCCGGCGCCGCCGAAGGGCCUGACCUCGCCCUCACGCCAAAACGUUCCUGGGGGCCUGCCGUACGCCUUCGUGAACGCCGGGUGUGCGACGGCUUGGGAGGUUGCUUGA